ACGUUUGAAACAACUGACUCAGGAACUUAUUUUAGUUGUGCUGAAGACUUCUGCAGCUGCUGUUCAGGUUUGUGGUCAGACUAUGGGAGAUCUCCAGAUCACUCCUGAGACUCCAGGGAGGCCAGCUAUCCAUAAUCCCUUCGAGAGCCCCAACGACUACCAUCGCCUGCAAGAAUCCGUGGUCCCCAGCCCCUCUGUCUUCAAGUCCUCCAAGUCCUCUGGAGCUACACCAGCCAAGUUUAAAUGGGACAUAGAUGAGAUGUCUAGCCUGCUCCCUGUGCACAUAGACGCUGAGGAUAUCCACCGCCAGUCCAUGUACCUCAGUCAGACCAGGAUCGAUACUGACAUCGAGGAGAAACGUCAGAAUGCUAUCGAGCAGUUUUUCACGAAUGGCGCCAUUGUGCCUUCACCAUGGACCGAACAAGCAAGCAAACAGAAAUCAGCACAGAUGCACUUUGGGAAGAGCUCCAUGUCCCCACAGAUACUAGAAGAGCCACUACCAACUAAAAAGACCACAGUAGGCUGCCAGACAGUCCUGUCCUUACCUGUGGACUUCCAGCUGGACAAAAUAUUAGGAGAGUACUACAGAUCGGAGGAGGCGUCUCAGCACGAUCAGGUUCAGGAGAGCCUGAGCUCCUCGUCUCUGAGACGGAAGUUGUUUCUGGACGGCCACGGGAGCGGCUCAGAGUCCUCCAGCCCCCCCAGCCCAGAGAGAGGAGGAGGGGAGGGAGAGCCCCCUGGGGGAGAAGGGGGAGGGGAUAGAGAUUUCCUCUCACCAAUGAGCGCCUCUCCUUUGCCCUGCCUGUUGUCUGGCAUGUCUGCCCUGACCCCCUCCACUGGUCUUCUGUCGUCCAGCCCGAUCCAGGGUCGUCACCGAACCUACAGCCUGGGCAGUGUCACCAGCCCCCAGUUCCCUGAGCGGUCCUCUCCUGCGGGCUUCAAGUCCCCCGCCCUGUCCCCCAUCGGACCACAGUUCACACAGACACCCAUAGCAGGAGAGAGGAAGAAGCUGAGUUUCGUGACCCCCGAAGGUGUUCCCCUAGACAUGGACAUGAACUCCUGUACAGAGAGCCCCUACGUAGACGGCUGUUCCCCCAUCCGCUUCUGCUCCCCGCUCCAGCUCCCGGGCCAGACCCAGGACAACCCCAAGCUCAGACUCCGAGCCCGCUGCUGGGCCUCACCCCCAACGAUCUCCCCCAACCCUUCCCUCCCGGGCCAGACCCAGGACAACCCCAAGCUCAGACUCGAGCCCGCUGCUGGGCCUCACCCCCAACGAUCUCCCCCCAACCCUUCCCUCCCGGGCCAGACCCAGGACAACCCCAAGCUCAGACUCCGAGCCCGCUGCUGGGCCUCACCCCCAACGAUCUCCCCCAACCCCUUCCCUCCCGGGCCAGACCCAGGACAACCCCAAGCUCAGACUCCGAGCCCGCUGCUGGGCCUCACCCCCAACGAUCUCCCCCAACCCUUCCCUCCCGGGCCAGACCCAGGACAACCCCAAGCUCAGACUCCGAGCCCGCUGCUGGGCCUCACCCCCAACGAUCUCCCCCAACCCUUCCCUCCCGGGCCAGACCCAGGACAACCCCAAGCUCAGACUCCGAGCCCGCUGCUGGGCCUCACCCCCAACCAUCUCCCCCCAACCCUUCCCUUCCUGGACCAGGAGAACAUCUGUCCUUCUACUCCACUACCACCCAUGGAGCUGGGCUCCCCGCUGCAGUGUGUACCCAGGACCAGUGAGGGUCUGCUGGGGCCGGGGAGGCUGUGUGAGGGGGGUCCGGGGAUGGCCCAGCCUCUGUCAGACUCAGUGAAGAUGGAGGAGGAGAACGGCGAGGUGGAAGUGGAACUCCCUGAGGAAGAGGAGGAAGGAGGUGUGACUCCUGUUGGUGUCCGGUUGACCAGCUCCCGUGUGGGGGCGAGUGUGUUGGCAGCGGAGGCGUCUCAUAUGUUUGUGUCUCUGCUAGCUGAAGGAAGCAGUAUCCCUUAUGACAACAGCAUGCAGGUGGACAGUGGGUACAACACAUACGCUGGCACUGCCACCGCCAGCCUGAUAGAUGGCAUGAGUUCAGACAGCCAGAGUAAGGAGUCGUUCGACGCAGCACACAUCCCAGACGAGGUCUUCCCUUACACUAGACACACUAAGACUAUUUUUCCUCAACACCAUUGAGUGAGCUGAUUGGAAGAGAACACAAGGAAGCCCCACCCACCUUUAACCUCCCUGCUGAAGCCUAAAAUGAUGUCAUCCCAUAUAUUUGUUGCAACAUUUAAAGCAGUCAUGUCGGGUGUAUUCAUUGGUCGGGUUCUGUAGCAAAACGGUUUGCAACGGAAACAGUUUACUCUAGGAACGGAACGGGACCUACCUGAAUUUGUCCAAUAGAAACACAUUUCCGUUGCGUAACGCUUUCUGUUUGGAGUAAUCGUUUGUUAGAAAACAUUUAGCAAGA